AUGAGUAAACGUUCUGCAUCAAACGAUCCGGCGGGAAAAGCAGCAAAAUCAUUAAAAAAUAUUGAUAUUAAUGUAGAUGACGAUGACGAUGACGAUGACGAUAAAGUUAAUGAUGAAGCAUUUAGUCCAAAAGCAGCAUCUCGACCAUUAGAAGACUCAGUUGAUGUUGAAGAUGAUGAUUUAUAUCGAGCAUUGACAACUGGACUGACGAAUGAAGGUUUGAAAGAUUUUCAUACAGAAAUGGAACUGAAAGUUGAGCAUGAAAAUCGUCCGUUAUGGGUAACACCAGAUGGUCAUAUUUUCCUCGAGUCAUUCUCACCGGCUAAUAAACAUGCUCAUGAUUUUUUAAUUGCUAUUGCUGAGCCUGUAUGUCGACCAGAACAUAUUCAUGAAUAUAAACUGUCAGUUUAUUCGCUAUAUGCUGCUGUAUCAGUUGGUUUACAAACAAAGGAUAUUAUUGAAUAUUUACAACGACUUAGUAAAACAACAGUACCAGAGGAUAUUCUUCAAUUUAUUCGAUUGUGUACAUUGAGUUACGCUAAAGUAAAAUUAGAAUUGAAACUUAAUCGAUAUUUUGUUGAAAGUGCUUAUCCUGAAAUUUUAAAAAAUCUUCUCCAAGAUUCACAAAUUCAAGAAUGUCGACUAGUCACAACGGGAAAUGAUCUUGAUACAAAUACAACAGCAGAGAACGCUCGACUCGUGAUUCCGAGAGAAGCUGCAGCAACUGCAACUACAGAUACACCGGCGACAACAAACGAACAAGUACCUGAUGGUAUUCGACGUUUAUAUGAAAAAAUCGACUGUGACGAAGAAGAUAUGGAAGAUUUGAAAAUUGUUUCAUUUGAAGUUAUUCAAAAUAAAAUUGAACUUCUAAGAAAGCGAUGUCAAGAAUUAGAAUGUCCAUUACGUGAAGAAUAUGAUUUUCGUCAUGAUAUUGUUUUAAAAAAUUUAAAUAUUGAGCUUCGGCCUAAUGCUAUUUUACGUCCUUAUCAAGAAAAAAGCUUAAGAAAAAUGUUUGGCAAUGGACGUGCACGAUCCGGUUUGAUUGUUCUUCCAUGCGGUGCCGGAAAAUCUUUAGUUGGUGUUGCAGCUGCUUGUACAAUAAAUAAAAGUUGUUUAGUACUUUGUAAUUCGAAUGUUUCUGUUCAACAAUGGAAACAACAAUUUAAGAUGUGGUCAACAGCGGAUGAUUCUAAAGUGCGAUUAUUUACAUCGCAUGACAAAGAAGAACCAAACGAUUCAUGUGUAUGCAUAAGUACUUAUCCAAUGAUUGCACGUCCUGAGGAAUGUAAUGCUGAAACAACAAAAGUUAUGAAACUGCUCAAAGAUCGUGAAUGGGGUUUAAUGAUUCUUGAUGAAGUUCAUACAAUACCUGCUGAACAAUUUCGUAAAGUUUUAACUAUCGUUCGUGCACAUACAACAUUAGGUCUUACAGCAACAUUAGUUCGCGAAGAUGACAAAAUAACUGAUUUGAAUUUCUUAAUCGGCCCUAAAUUAUACGAAGCCAAUUGGAUGGAACUACAAAAUCUAGGCCAUAUUGCCAAAGUUCAAUGUGCUGAAGUUCGGUGUCAAAUGACGCCGGACUUCUUUCAAACAUAA